CGGCGGUGGCACCGGGAGCGCCCGCGGGGCCGCGGAGGGACGGGGCGCCUGGAGCCGGCGCCUCCCUGCAGCCACCUCACCAGGAUGAACGGGACAGCCAAUGUCAACCCUGCCGGCCGCAGCCCCUGCGCCUCUGCCAUCCCGGUGCCCCGCGCCCUGGCCCACGGCAAGCUGCUCACCACGGCCCCCCUCAGCACCCCAGGGCUCCCUGUCCCCCUCGGGGCUCCGUCCCCCUGGCCAGGGAAGGCGCUGACCCCCGGCCCCAAGACCCUCAAGCCCAAAGGCGCUGGCAGAGCCACCAGCCGUGAGGGCAGCCCUGGGGCCCCCCCAGCUGGGGGGCAGAAAGCCCUGGCGAGACCCCUGGUGUCCCCCAGGAAGUGGCCAGAAGCAGCAGGCAGGGGCAGGAGAGGGGCAGGCAGGCUGGGGGAGCCCACUGAGCUGCCGAAACCCCCCCCAGCACAGGGCAGGGGUGGGGGGCGGCUGGGGGGGUCCUCCCGAAAGGGCAGUGGGGCAGCCACAAUGGGGACGGGGGAUGAGCCCCAUGGCAGCUUGCAGGGCAGGGGCCCCGUGUUUGGGUCAGGGGCCAUCACCUUCUCCUCGGCCCCCCUGCACAGCCACCCUGUCACCGCCACAGUGGCACCCUUCCAGUACUGGCUACGGCAGGAUCAGGAGGAGGAGGGGGCCACAUCUCCGGGUGACAAGUGCCCUGGUCCUGUGGAGGGACCCGACCCCAAACCCAGAGGUCUGACAACAGCAGCAGCAGGACCCGGCGGGUUAAAUGGUUGCAGCGCGGGGAUGCUGGGGAGCAACCUCAAGAGCCUUCCCGACGUGGAGCUGGGCGAGGAGGACCGCGGCUACCGGCGGGGCCCCGACGGCGGCGCGGUGAUGCCGAAGCGGGCGAAGUCGGCGGCGCCGGCGGCGGGGCCGCGGGGCGCGGAGCUGCGGGUCUUCAAGGCGAGCAGCGCGGAGGGGCGGCUGCCGGCCGGCUCCAACCUGCGCAAGCAGAAGUCGCUCACCAACCUGGCCUUCCUCACCGACGCCGAGAAGAAGCGGCAGCUCUACGAGCCCCGCUGGAGCGACGACAUGGCCAAGGCGGCGGCUCCGGGGGCGGCGGCGGGGGGUGGCGGCCGGGGCGGCGGCCCCCGCGGCCGGGAGGCGCCCGCCAUGUCGCGGAGCUUGUCCCGCUCCGAGCACUCGCUGCUGCCGCCGCGCCCCGCCGGCCCCGCCAAGCCGCCGCCCGCCGGCAAGCCCAGCCGCAUCCCCCGCGGGCCCUACGCCGAGGUGAAGCCCCUCAGCAAGGCCCCCGAGGCGGGCGGCGGCUCCGGCAAGUGCGACGAUGAGCUGCUGGGCGGGAAGGGGCCGGCGGUGGCUGCGGGCACGGAGGAGAAGCCCUACCUGAAGGUGGACCCCGAGCUGGUGGUGACGGUGCUGGGCGACCUGGAGCAGCUGCUGUUCAGCCAGAUGCUGGAUCCUGAGUCCCAGAGGAAGAGGACAGUGCAGAAUGUGCUGGACCUUCGUCAGAACCUGGAGGAGACCAUGUCCAGCCUGAGGGGUUCUCAAGUGUCUCAUAGCUCCCUGGAGAUGACCUGCUACGACAGCGACGACGCCAACCCCCGCAGCGUCUCCAGCCUGUCCAACCGCUCCUCCCCGCUGUCCUGGCGCUACGGGCAGUCGAGCCCGCGCCUGCAGGCGGGGGACGCGCCGUCCGUGGGCGGCACCUGCCGCCCCGAGGGCACCCCCGGCUGGUACCCGCACGGCGAGCGGGCGCACUACUCGCACACCAUGCCCAUGCGCAGCCCCAGCAAGCUGAGCCACAUCUCCCGCCUGGAGCUGGUCGAGGCGCUGGACACGGACGACGUGGAGCUGAAGUCGGGCUACAUGAGCGACAGUGACCUGAUGGGGAAGACACUGACGGAGGACGAGGACAUCACCACGGGCUGGGAUGAGAGCAGCUCCAUCAGCAGCGGCCUCAGCGAUGCCUCUGACAACCUCAGCUCGGAGGAGUUCAACGCCAGCUCCUCGCUCAACUCCCUGCCCUCCACCCCCACCGCCUCACGCAGGAACUCGGCCAUAGCGCUGCGCACGGACUCGGAGAAGAGGUCACUGGCAGAGAGCGGGCUGAGCUGGUACGGUGAGGGUGAGGACAAGGCACCCAAGAAGCUGGACUACGACAGCAGCAGCCUGAAGAUGGAGCAUGGCUCCUCCAAGUGGCGGCGGGAGCCCUCAGAGGGCAGUGAGGAGGGGUCCAGGGGUGGCGAGCUGAAGAAGCCUGUCAGCCUGGGCACCCCGGGCUCUCUCAAGAAGGGCAAGACCCCUCCAGUGGCUGUGACCUCCCCCAUCACCCACACUGCCCAGAGCACCCUCAAAGUGGCAGGUAAGCCUGAGACCAAAGCCACUGACAAGAGCAAGCUGUCUGUGAAGAGCACAGGCCUGCAGCGCUCCUCCUCCGAUGCCGGCCGUGACCGCGUGGCCGAUGCCAAGAAGCCACCCUCGGGCCUGGCGCGUCCCUCGGCCUCCAGCUCCUUCGGCUACAAGAAACCGGCUCCCGCCACUGGCACGGCCACCGUCAUGCAGGCUGGGGGCUCGGCCACGCUUGGCAAGAUCCAGAAGAGCUCCGGCAUCCCUGUCAAGCCAGUCAGUGGGAGGAAAACAAGCCUGGAUGUCUCCAACGCGGCUGAGCCCGGCUUCCUGGCUCCAGGGGCUCGUUCCAACAUCCAGUACCGCAGCCUGCCCCGGCCGGCCAAGUCCAGCUCCAUGAGUGUGACCGGUGGCCGCGGCGGGACCCGCCCGGUCAGCAGCAGCAUCGAUCCCAGCCUGCUGAGCACCAAGCAGGGCAGCAUCUCGGUGUCACGGCUUAAGGAGCCGUCCAAGGUGGGUGCCGGCCGCGGAGCCCCGGCGCCUGUGAACCAGACAGACCGCGAGAAGGAGAAAGCCAAGGCCAAGGCGGUGGCGCUUGACUCUGAGUGUGGGUCACUGAAGAGUGUCAGCUCACCUGAGAGCACCCCAAAAGCCCAGGCCAACCUCCCGCCGGCGGCCAAGGUGGCUGAGCUGCCCCCCACACCUCUCAGAGCAGCUGCGAAGACCUAUGUGAAGCCUCCCUCACUGGCCAACUUGGACAAGGUCAACUCCAACAGCCUGGACUUGCCCUCCUCCAGCGAGCUGCACACCCCCCACACAGCCAAGCUCCAGGACCUGCACCUGGCUGGUGGGCACCUCGCGCCCUGCUUCAGCCCCAGUCCUGCCCCCAUUCUCAACAUCAACUCGGCCAGCUUCUCCCAGGGCCUGGAGCUCAUGGGUGGCUUCAGCAUCCCCAAGGAGGGCAGGAUGUAUUCCAAGCUCUCAGGCCUGCACCGCAGCAUGGAGUCCCUGCAAAUGCCCAUGAGCCUGCCCAGUGCCUUUUCAGGGGGCAGCACCACCACCCCCACCCCUGUUGCUGCACCCCCCACUAGUACAGAGGAGGAGGAGGAAGAGGCAGGGGAGCUGGGCUGGAGCGGGAGCCCCCGGCUUGCACAUCUGGACAGUGCCAACCGUGACAGGAACACGCUGCCCAAGAAAGGGCUGAGGUACCAGCUCCACUCCCAGGAGGAGGCCAAGGAGCGGCGCCACUCGCAUGCCAUCAGCAGCGGGCUCCCCGAGGCGGACGACCAGCAGGAGCUGCCCUCGCCCCCCACCCUCCCCAUGGCACUGGUUGGGAAGGGUCCGCUCACCAGCAUCGUGAGUCCCACUGCUGCUGCAACCCCACGGAUCACCCGCUCCAACAGCAUCCCCACCCAUGACUCCACCUUCGAGCUGUACAGCACGUCCCAGAUGGGCAGCACCCUCUCCCUGGCUGACAAGCCCAAGGGCAUGAUCCGCUCGGGCUCCUUCCGGGACCCUGUGGAUGAUGUUCACGGAUCCGUGCUGUCCUUGGCCUCCAGCGCCUCCUCCACCUACUCCUCCGCUGAGGAAAAGAUGCAGUCUGAGCAAAUCCGCAAGCUGCGCCGCGAGCUGGAGUCCUCGCAGGAGAAAGUGGCCACUCUGACCUCCCAGCUGUCUGCCAACGCCAACCUGGUGGCAGCUUUUGAGCAGAGCCUGGUGAGCAUGACAUCCCGCCUGCGGCACUUGGCCGAGACUGCCGAGGAGAAGGACACGGAGCUGCUGGACCUGCGAGAGACCAUCGACUUCCUGAAGAAGAAGAACUCAGAGGCCCAAGCUGUGAUCCAGGGUGCCCUGAAUGGCACUGAUGUCACCCCCAAAGAGCUGCGUAUCAAGCGGCAGAACUCCUCUGACAGCAUCUCCAGCCUCAACAGCAUCACCAGCCACUCCAGCGUCGGCAGCAGCAAGGACGCUGACGCCAAGAAGAAGAAGAAGAAGAGCUGGCUACGCAGCUCCUUCAACAAGGCCUUCAGCAUCAAGAAGGGACCCAAAUCAGCCUCCUCCUACUCGGACAUCGAGGAGAUCGCCACGCCGGACUCGUCAGCCCCCUCCUCCCCCAAACUGCAGCACGGCUCCAUGGAGACCACCUCGCCCUCCAUCAAAUCCUCCACGUCCUCCUCCGUGGGCAUCGACACGGCUGAGCUUUUCCAGACCCACAGCGAGGGUGAACCAGAGAAGAAGGAGGUGUCGGAGCUACGGUCAGAGCUGUGGGAGAAGGAGAUGAAGCUGACAGACAUCCGCCUGGAGGCCCUCAACUCGGCCCACCAGCUGGAGCAGCUGCGGGAGACCAUGCACAACAUGCAGCUGGAGGUGGAUCUCCUGAAGGCUGAGAACGACCGCCUCAAAGUAGCUCCAGGGCCCUCGGCAGUGCCGGGCUCUGUUCCUGGCCACAUCAUGAGCACAUCAGCCUCGUCCUCCCCGCGGCGCUCCCUGGGUCUCACCCUUGGCCACGCCUUCAGCCCCAGCCUAGGGGACUCAGAUGUGUCCCCCAUGGAUGCUGUCAGUGCUGGUGCCCAGAAGGACGAGCUGAUGCUGCGGAUUGUGGUGCGCAUGCCGCCCCAGCACAUCAUCAAGGGGGACCUCAAGCAGCAGGAGUUUUUCCUGGGCUGGACCAAGGUGAGCGGGAAAGUGGAUUGGAAGAUGCUGGAUGAGGCUGUCUGCCAGGUCUUCAAGGAUUACAUCACCAAGAUGGAUCCUGCUUCCACGCUGGGGCUCAGCACCGAGUCCGUCUACGGCUACAGCAUCAGCCACAUCAAGCGGGUCCUGGACACGGAGCCACCAGAGCUGCCGCUGUGCCGCCGGGGCCUGACCAGCAUCGUGGUGACACUCAAAGGCUUGAAGGAGAAGUGCGUGGACAGCCUGGUGUUCGAGACGCUCAUCCCCAAGCCCAUGAUGCAGCACUACAUCAGCCUCCUGCUGAAGCACCGGCGGCUCAUCCUCUCGGGACCCAGCGGCACCGGCAAGACCUACCUGACCAACCGCCUGGCCGAGUACCUGGUGGAGCGCUCGGGCCGGGACGUCACCGAGGGCAUCGUCAGCACCUUCAACAUGCACCAGCAGUCCUGCAAGGACCUGCAGCUGUACCUCUCCAACCUGGCCAACCAGAUCGACCGGGAGACGGGCACGGCAGACGUGCCCCUGGUGAUCCUCCUGGAUGACCUGAGCGAGGCGGGCUCCAUCAGUGAGCUGGUCAAUGGUGCACUCACCUGCAAGUACCACAAAUGCCCCUACGUCAUCGGGACCACCAACCAGCCUGUGAAGAUGACCCCGAACCAUGGUCUUCAUCUCAGCUUCAGGAUGCUGACCUUCUCCAACAACGUGGAGCCAGCCAAUGGCUUCCUGGUGCGCUACCUGCGGCGGAAGCUGCUGGAAUCGGACACGGACGUCAAUGCCAACAAGGAGGAGCUGCUGCGUGUCCUGGACUGGGUGCCCAAGCUCUGGUACCACUUGCACACCUUCCUGGAGAAACACAGCACCUCUGACUUCCUCAUUGGUCCCUGUUUCUUCCUGUCCUGCCCCAUUGGAAUUGAGGAUUUCCGGACCUGGUUCAUUGACCUGUGGAACAACUCCAUCAUCCCUUACCUGCAGGAGGGGGCAAAAGAUGGGCUCAAGGUCCAUGGGCAGAAGGCAGCCUGGGAGGACCCCGUGGAGUGGGUGCGGGACACCCUGCCCUGGCCGUCAGCGCAGCAGGACCAGUCCAAGCUGUACCACCUGCCCCCACCCACCAUCGGGCCCCACAGCACCGUUUCCCCACCCGAGGAGCGCACCGUCAAAGACACGACGCCCAGCUCCCUGGACUCAGACCCUCUGAUGGCCAUGCUGCUCAAGCUCCAGGAAGCCGCCAACUACAUCGAGUCUCCAGACCGUGAGACCAUGGUGGAUCCCGACCUACAGUCGACUCUGUGAGGCCCCGAUGUGCCGGGCCAGGCACAGGGGAGCUGCUGCCAGCCCCGCUCCCCCCGGGCUGCUUCCUUUUCCUUUGGUGUCCCGGAGCGCGGGGCUGGGGAGCGAGCGGAGAGGACCGGGGCUCCGGCAGGUCCCGGCGGAGUGUGGGGAAGCUCAGCUCAUCCGUGGGAGAGCGUGAGGUGACGUCUCCCCUCCCCACCCUGGGGGUAGGAGAAUCCUGGUUUCUCGGUUUUUUUCUGUCUGUCUUGUAAACUCUGGGGUUUUGGGGCCAGGGCGACCAAUGCGGCGGAGCCCCCGCUCCCGGGAGCUGCAGGAAGGGCCCUGCGUGGGGCAGGGACCCCGUGGGAGCCACUUGGGCCAAAGCUGGGGGCACAGGAGGAGCACGUGGCACAGGAUGAGAGCGUGGGUGUGGGGGGCUGCAGGUCCUUCUGCCCCCGCGGGGCACAGCCGAGGGCAGGUGACCGAGCCGUGCCCGGGGAACCACUGGCCUUGCACUGGCCGAGGAGGAGCGCGGCUCUUGCCGCUGUCUUUGUACCUUCCCUCUUUCACCUGCAUGGCAGCUACUGCCACCAGGACAGCCCAAUAAACCCUGCCUUGGUUAUUUUA